AUGAUGAAAAACAAGGACUGGCUUCACAGCCACGGCUUCAAAGACUGGCUUCACAACCCUGAGUCUGCUGGUCACGUGGUGGCUGCUGCUGCUGAGGGUGCAGCAGCAAUGGCAGGAGCGGCAAGGCAGCAAGUUGUUGCUGGCUUGACUGCUGUAGCAGGGACUGUAGCGGAGAAAGUGGCUGGGACAGUGGCAGGGACUGUAGCCGGGACUGCUGUUGUUGCUAGCUUGAAUGCUGUAGCAGGGUCUGUAGUGGCCUCGAAUGGGGGAGCGAAGGAAGAGGAGGAAGAGGAGGAGGAGAAAGCGGAGGAGGAAGAGGAGGAGGGAGAGGAGGCACAGAAGAUAUACCUCACACUGUCUCAUCACUCACCCGAUCCCCUCCGUGCCCUGUACGACCAUCCAGCUGCCUCCUCCCCUCCAGGUGCUGUGGGGGAGGGAGUCUCUUGGAACGGCAUGGUUGACUCUGCUGAUGAUGCAGGAGGAAGGGGAGGAGGAGGAGGUGGAGGGGCGAAAGGUGGUGUUGCAAGGAAGCCGCCAAGCAGGCACAGGCACAGGCACAGCCUGAGUGUGGACUUUGCAUCGAUGGCAAAGAACAAGGACUGGCUUCACAGCCCUGAGUCUCCCACUCAAUGGCUCGCUGGUGCUGCUAAUGCUGCAGCAGCAGCAGCAGCAGUAGCAGCAGCAGCAGCAGCAGCAGCAGCAGCAGAAGUGGCAGUGGCAGAAGCAGGGUCCGGGAAAAGCAGUCCUGAUGCUUCAAAGGUGGAAGGAGGGAGCAGAGGAAAAGGAGGAGGAAAAGGAGGGGCAGAGGAUUUACCUCCUCUUGUCUCAUCACUCACCCGAUCCGAUCCCCCCACUCGCUCCUCCAGACCUCCUUCUCUUACUGUCCCUCGUCGAAACCCCUUUCUCACUAAUACCCCACCACCUCGAUCCCCCUCUCUCACCCUUCCACCUCGCUCUCCUUCUCUCACUUCCCCUCCUCGGUCCCCCUCUAUCACCACCCCACCUAAAUCUCAUACUUCCACUCUUCCCCCCCGAUCGCCCACACCAAAGCUCCCAGCUCGAUCCCCUCCCUUCACUUCCCCAUCUCAAUCCCCUCCUCUCACUCCCCAACUCAGUCCCCUCCACUCGUAG